GCCGCCCGCUCGCUAUUAAAGGCGCGGGGUUCGGCCGCAGUUGUGGUGGUGUUGCUGGCGGGGCUAUGUCGGACUACGUGCAGCUCUACACCGGCGCCAAGAUGCCCAUCCUGGGGCUGGGCACAUGGAAGUCCCCCCCAGGUAAGGUCGCAGCUGCGGUGAUGGCUGCCAUCGAUGCCGGGUACCGCCACCUCGACUGUGCCUACGUGUACCAGAAUGAGAACGAAGUUGGGGAAGGGAUCCAGCAGAAAAUCAAGGAAGGUGUUGUGAAACGAGAGGACCUCUUUGUUGUCAGUAAGCUGUGGUGCACAUUUCAUGAGAAGCCUCUGGUGAAGGGAGCCUGCCAGAAGACUCUUGCUGCCCUGAAACUGGAUUACCUGGAUCUCUACCUCAUCCACUGGCCUCUGGGAUUCAAGGCAGGAGAGGAGCUGUUCCCUCUAGAUGACAAAGGCAUGGCUAUCCCCAGCAACAGUGAUAUUCUAGAGACGUGGGAGGCCAUGGAGGAGCUGGUGGAUGCUGGCCUGGUAAAAGCCAUUGGAAUCUCCAACUUCAACCAUGAGCAGAUUGAUAGAAUUUUGAACAAGCCAGGACUGAAGUACAAGCCUGCAAAUAACCAGGUUGAAUGCCAUCCAUACCUUACCCAGGAGAAGCUGAUCAAGUACUGUCAAUCCAAAGGGAUUGCUGUGACAGCCUACAGCCCCCUUGGCUCCCCUGACAGACCAUGGGCUAAGCCUGAGGAUCCUUCCCUUCUGGAUGACCCCAAGAUCAAAGAGAUUGCAGCCAAGCACAACAAGACCUCAGCACAGGUUCUCAUUCGGUUCCACAUCCAGAGAAAUGUGAUUGUGAUUCCCAAAUCCAUCACGCCACAGCGCAUUGUGGAGAACUUCAAGGUGUUUGACUUUGAAUUGACUAAAGAGGAGAUGGCAACUAUUCUCAGCUUUAAUAGAAACUGGAGAGCCUGUGAAAUGCACAUGUGCAAAACUCACAAGGGCUACCCUUUCAAUGCAGAAUACUGAAGAUGAUUUCCUGCCUUUCUCCAGGCUUCCCAGAUAUGCUUCUGCUGUUGCCUAUGAGUUGUCUAUGUAGCUUUUUCACUGCAUCAGACACCCCUCCACACCCCCAUUUUUUUCCUUCUUUUUUUCCCCACAAGGAUGCAGUAUAUGUACUCAGUGACUUUGUGCUGGUUUGUUUGUUGGUUUUUUGUUGUUUGGUUUUUUUUUUUUUUUUGGAAGAAGGAAAUGCUGAAUGGUUCUGAAGAGCACACUGUGUGGAUUAGUAGAUUUUCUUUGCCAAACAGCAAGUCUGGAAUCGGUAAGCAGAAAGCAUUGAGCAAGUUUGAACAAGCAGUCACUUUUAUUUUGGAAUACUGUGAAUUGGAGCUAGUGACUACUGUUGUCUGGAAGGACCAGGAUAUUGGCAGAUGUUAUGUAAUGAGGUCUGGGUUUCUUUUCUGAUUACUUUUGGGGUUGAUUCUGUUUCUUUGUAAUGCUCCAGACCUUUUUUUUCCCCUCUAAUUGGAAGUAUAAGUUGAUUUCUAAAUGGUUUCUACAUGGGUAGCUCUUUGAAAAGUGUAUAGAUCCUAAUUUCUCAGUGAUAUAAAAGCUGUUUUGCUUAUAAUAAAAUACAGUUUCAUUA